AUCUCCCUCUCUCUCUCUCUCUCUCUCUCUCUCUCUCUCUGACAAGCCGUAUCUUUCUCUGUCCGUCUCAAUCGAUGGCUUCGUUGAGCGGCAGAUUCAAGGAGCUCCUCAAGAAGUACGGCAAAGUGGCGCUCGGCGUCCACUGCUCCGUCUCCGCCGUCUCCAUCACCGGCCUCUACAUCGCCAUCAAGAACAACGCCGACGUCGAUGCCCUCUUCGCCAAGCUCCACUUGCCCGGCGUCUCCACCGAAGAGAAACCUUCAUCGUCGUCGUCGUCGUCGCCGUCGUCGUCUUCUUCGGCAUCGGGCGAUGAAUAUGCGGCUGAAGAGGGCUCGGCCAAGUACGACGAUCAGCAGCGGACGGGGAACGUCGGGGAGGAGGCGGCGGCGAAGCGUAAGCGGGCGGCCGAGCUCGCCGCCUCCACCGGCGGUGCCCUGACCUUGGCCAUUCUGUGCAACAAGGCGCUGUUCCCCAUCCGGGCUCCGGUCACCAUCAUGCUCACGCCUCCGGUGGCGAAGUUUUUGGCCAGGAGGAAGAUCAUCAAGGGCAAUGUAAGAUAGAGUUUUAUGCUUGUGGCAUUUUAAGUUUAUGGUUGAUGAUGGAAUGUGUUGGCCAGCUAGGAGAAGAGAGGGAAGGGAGAGAUGUAUUUGUGAGUUAUUAAAAGAGACGCGUGACUGAAUAAUAAAAACUCAAUAUUGUGGAGACUACUAGCCGGAAGAGUUGUGCCCGGUUAAACAGUUGAAUCUUUUUGUGUUCGGGAUGAAUUGGACGCCUCCAUUGUUUGAAUGGAUGUUAUUAAUCAGUCUAGCUAGUAAUGUAGCUUUCAAGUGCCGGGUCUUUGGAAUAGAUCGGGAAGGCGGGUUCUGUUCUUGCCGUUAUCAUUU